AUGCUCACCCGAGACUUAUCAACUCCACUUUCCGGAGCUUUGCUGAUUUUCUACAUACUACUUCUUAUACAAGUGGAGCUGUUAUAUGCGCAAGUUACAUCGAAGCCGAGCAGUGAUAAUACAACAAAUGCUACGACAACUACAACAGCUACGGCCAAUACAACAGCUCCUACCACUAUAAUAACUGCUAUCGCUGAAACUGCUCCAAUAAUCGGAGGAAGUCCGAGGAAAAGUGUAACUGUUGAAGUGGUUAUAGUGAUAGUUGGAUCCGGAACGAGAAUACCAACUCCAGUCACGACAACGACAACGAAAAGGCCACCUUCAAGCUUGGAACCAACACCUACAAUAGUACCUAUAACGGUACCAACGGUCAGGACAACGCCAACAACCAAAAAACCACCACCGGUUACAAAACCUCCUCCGACCAAAAGCCCACCGAUUACAAGACCUCCUUUGACCAAAAAAACACCAACGAUCACAAAACCACCUCCGACCAAAAAAUUACCAACGAUCACGAAACCUCCUCCGACCAAAAAAAUACCAACGAUCACAAAACCACCUCCGACCAAAAACCCAACGAUCCAACCUCCUCGACCAAAAAUACCACGAUCACCAAACCACCUCCGACCAAAAUUACCAACGAUCACAAAACCUCCUCCGACCAAAACCCCACCGAUUACAAGACCUCCUCCGACUAAAAAACCACCAACGAUCACAAAACCUCUUCCGACCAAAAAAUUACCAACGAUCACAAAACCUCCUCCGACCAAAAAAUUACCAACGAUCACAAAACCUCCUCCGAAAAAGCCCACCGAUUACAAGACUUCCUCUGACCAAAAACACCAACGAUCACCAAACCACCUCCGACCAAAAUUACCACGAUCACAAAACCUCCUCCGACCAAAAAUACCAACGAUCACAAACCACCUCCACAAAAUUACCAACGAUCACAAAACCACCUCCACAAAACCCCACCGAUUAAAGACCUCUCCGACCAAAACCACCAACGAUCACAAAACCUCCUCCGACCAAAAGCCCACCGAUCAAAACCACCUCGACCAAAAAUAA